AUGGCUCUCCCAAGUGCUGACCCUUUUGGUGAAACACCAACCUCUCUGACAGUGGAUGACUGCCAGUGUAACGGACCAAAGAUCUCAAACUUCCUGACAACGCUAAGAUAUCCACGACAGAAUUAUAAGAGUGGCGGCAGAAAAUGCACCCCCGCUCCACAGCGCUGCCCCGCUCCUGCCUGUUUCCCGGUCGCAGCAGCUCCUCUGACCUGGCAGGUGACAGGACCAGCUGCUGAAUGUCCUAGGAAGCCACCACCGCAACUGCAGCUUAAAGAAGUUUUCAGGCAGGUGUGCACGUCCUCCCGGUCGGAACCACUCCCCCAGCUCUGUUGCAGGCUGCCUUCCACACCACUGCAGCUGUCAGGAGCGCAGGACCUUCUCUGCACAGCUUCGCAUCAAGCUUGCUGCCAGUCUAGACCAGAAGUGGAUGUAGUAGGACACUGCGCCUGGGUUCUGACCAAUUACACCCAAGGUCGUCUGCCUAACAGCUCACAUUGGUUUCUUAACUUUCAAGAUGUGGUUCCAGAGUUCACACUAGAGGAAUGGGAAAGUCUCAGUUUUGCUCAGCGGACACUGUACAUGGAUGUGAUUUUGGAGAAUUACAACAAUCUACUGUCUGUGGAAAAUCAUGUGAUAUGUGAAAAACGUGGGAAGUGCAUUGUCCGUGAGCAUGUGAAUAUCCAAGAGAAGUUUUGUAAAUGGGAAGAAAUUAGCAUACUGACGCUUGAAUCCACCCAAAGUACACCUUAUAAGACUCAUCUCCGAGAUCCCUCUCUUCAGUCCUCAAACCUGAAAAGACAUAAAGCAUGGAAAACCAGAGAAGUUUACAAAUAUAGAGACUGUGUACAGUUUUCAAAUGAAUGUGCUAUCGUUGGUGUAAAUUCCAGAAUCCACAUAGAGAACAAAGAACACAAAAAUAAAGAAUUUGAUAAGGAUUUUGUCCAUGAAGAUAAACUGACACUGAAACAAAACAUUAAUGGUAAGAACCUUCACCAAUGUAGUGAAUGUGAGAAAUGCUUUACCAAAACAAGGGACCUUCAUUUGCAUCAGAGAAUUCAUACAGGAAAGAAACGUUACAAAUGUAGUAAAUGUGACAAAUCCUUUGCCCGAGAAUCCUAUCUUAGGCAUCAUCAGAGAAUUCAUACCGGAGAGAAACCUUACAAAUGCAGUGAAUGUGACAAAUGCUUUACUGAAAAAGGCACUCUGAAAAGACAUAUGAGAAUUCAUACAGGAGAGAAACCUUACAAAUGCAGUGAAUGUGACAAAUGCUUUCGCCUACAAUCCCAUUUUAAUAUUCAUCAGAGAAUUCAUACUGGAGAGAAACCUUACAAAUGCAGUGAAUGUGAAAAAUACUUUACUGACAAAUGUAAUUUUAGGAUUCAUCAGAGAAUUCAUACAGGAGAGAAACCUUACAAAUGCAGUGAAUGUAACAAAUGCUUUACUGAAAAAGGCACUCUGAGAUUUCAUCAGAGAAUACAUACAGGAGAGAAACCUUACAAAUGUGGUGAAUGUGACAAAUGCUUUGGCCACAAAUCCCAUCUUAGUAAUCAUCAGAGAAUUCAUACAGGAGAGAAACCUUUCAAAUGCAGUCAAUGCGACAAAUGCUUUACUCAGAAAGGCACUGUGAGAAGCCAUAUGAGAAUUCAUACAGGAGAGAAACCUUAUAAAUGCAGUGAAUGUGACAAAUGUUUUCGCCUACAAUGCCAUCGUAGUAUUCACCAGAGAGUACAUACAGGAGAUAAACGUUACAAAUGCAAUGAAUGUGACAAAUGCUUUGGCUACAAAAGUAGUCUGAGAAUUCAUCAGAGAAUUCAUACUUGAAAGAAACAAAGAUCAACAGAACUGAAAGCUGGUGCUUUGAGAAAAUCAACAAAUUAGAUAAACCA